CUGCAUACUUCCAGACCCUGUCACCCCAGCAGGUGCCUGGCAGCCUGACUCGGACGUCACUGUGUCUCCCAGCCCCCGCCCAUAGCCCAGAUCCAGGGCCUUGGGCCACCGUGGGCAGCCCCCACCCGCGGGGCUGGGGCCAAGGCUCCCAGCACUUCCCACCAGCACCCCAUGGGGCCCGACUCCCCGGGUCUCACGGGCCCUCUCUUCCAGGUCUUGUUCCCUGGCUCCGUGUGACCUCCUUGGCCUUGGCUCCCCCAGGGCAGGACUGUGUGUGUCCCGUGUCCUGCUGGAGCUCGACAGACCAGACAGGCAGGAUUGUGUGGAGGACAGGCGGGGACCUCAUCCCAGGCCUCCAAGAGGGACCGUCAGUGCCCAGCGCACUCAGGUUGCAGAGUGGGAGGAGAGGCCGCCCGGAGGCAGAGGCAAGGUCCUGUGGCCCGAGGUUGGAGCGGGCUGCUGCAGCCCGGCCCUUGCUCCCCUGCUCCAUGCCGAUGGGCUGUGGCCACCCGCCCAUCUGCCCUGGCAGCGCCAGUGCCUGUCUGGGUGUGCAGCUCACCCUCCUGCGCUCCCUCCUUCCUUCCAUCCUCCCUCCUUCCCUGUCCACCACGGAGUCACAGCCCCUGACCUCUCUGUUCUUUACAAGGGACAGUGUCUCGCCAAGCUGCCCAGGUAGGACUUGCCAUCCUCCCGCCUCAGCCUCUUGGGCUGCGGGACCAGUAGUUGUACUUUAUGCUUUAUCAAAUGGCUCGGCAACCUGCCCCCUGCACCCCACUGCAACAGAUUAUGAGGGCCCCCGCCGGGGGUACCGCACACGCUGUGUGCUGGGUCAGGUCCCUGACCUGAGUCCCCUCGACCUGAGGUGGGGUCCAGGCUGCAGGUCAGUCCAACGUGGACCUCAGCAUGGGCCUGCUCCGGACUGCCCCCUCCCAGGCCUGUCGGGGACCCUGGGACCUGUGGCGGUGUCACCAGACUCCAGACUGCGCCCUGGGUCGCUGCCCGGCUCGGGUCCCGAGGCCUGGGGCGCGUGCUCCCCUGGGAGGGCCGGAGCCCCUGAGCCGAGCUGCCGGGGGCGCCCCAACCCGCGGGCACCGCCUGGUGCGGACACAGGGUGUCUGGCGACCCCAGCUGG